GAAGAAGAAGAACACAGAUGGCUAACGUUAGCAUUCAUGUUAGCUAGCUGCGGUCUUUGUGAAAAUGUCGCACUCUUCGUGUGUUUUUCUUUUUCCCGCUGUCUUUUAAAAACCGUGCCCGCGCUCUCGGCCAGUUCCCGCCUCCGCGUGCGUGUUUGGGCGUGUUUUUGAGGCGGCGUCCCAGAGAGGAUUGUGGGAAACGGCAGCCAUGGCAGCACCGGUGAACAUCCAGACAACGAGCAAGACGUGGGAGUUGAGUCUGUAUGAGCUGCACAGGAGCCCGCAGGAGGCGAUCAUGGACGGGACAGAGGUGGCUGUGUCUCCUCGUUCUCUGCACAGCGAGCUCAUGUGUCCCAUCUGUCUGGACAUGCUGAAGAACACCAUGACAACCAAAGAGUGUCUGCACCGCUUCUGCUCCGAAUGCAUCGUCACCGCUCUGCGAUCAGGGAACAAGGAGUGUCCAACCUGCAGGAAGAAGUUGGUGUCCCGACGUUCGCUGCGUCGAGACUCUAACUUUGACGCGCUGAUCUCUAAAAUCUACCCGAGUCGCGAAGAGUACGAGGCUCAUCAGCAGCGAGUCCUGGAUCGACUCAACCGACUCCACAACCCGGACGCUCUGAGCUCCAGCAUCGAGGAGGGGCUGAGACAACAGGCGCGCUACAGGUCUGAGAGGAACCACCGGGUGAAGAAGCCGACUCAGGAAAGUGACAACACCACGUUCAGUGGCGGGGAAGACAACGGUGACACCCGGUCACACGUGUCCCAUGAUUCCACCCCCUCACACGUGCCACACCCCUGUGGGCAGACAUCCUCAGAGGCCGGGCCGAGCCGCAAGAGGCUGCGUGUCUCAGAGGACGGCUCGGGGCUAGAGGCUGACAGCGGGAGCCCGACGCCUCCACUGAGACACCGGGAAGAGGGGCCAGCCUCAGAGAUCGAGCUGGUGUUCAGACCACACCCACAGCUAGUCCACGCCCACGACUACAACCAGACCAGAUUUGUGAAGACGACAGCCAACGCCACUGUGGACCAUCUGUCCAAAUACCUGGCUCUGCGCAUUGCUCUGGAGGACAGACGGACCACUGAGGAGACACAGGACAGGGGGAGGGAGGGGUCCAGUCUGAGCCAAGUCAGUGAGAAACAGUACACCAUCUACAUCAUCACCCGAGGAGGACAGUUCUCUACGCUGAACGGUUCUCUGACUCUGGAACUCGUCAACGAGAAAUACUGGAAGGUCAGGAAACCGCUGGAGCUCUACUAUGCUCCCACCAAGGAGCAACCUGCACCAUCACCUCCCCACCACCAGAGGUCUCCUCCUCCUCAGAGGGAGGGAUGAGGGGGAGGAGUCUGCAGCUUCUGCCGUGUUCAUAGCGUCAUCGCUACCGUUAUUUUUUUAUAUAUGGAGUCAGAUUUUACAUGAAGCAGAAUUGGAUUUAAAUGAUUUUCUAACAGUUCUGAUUGUUGACGUGAUUUUUAAUUACUUUUAAAAUUAAAAAUCUUAAUUUAGCAGCUGUGCCAAAAUUACGGAAGAGUAUUAGUGCCACAUUGUUAAAAAAUGUUAAAAGAUUUUUGCAAGGUUUCUGAGAUGAAAGACAGAUUAAAGUGAGGUUCCUCACAAUCAGAAUUCUGAGAAAAGUCAGGUUUCUGAGAUUAAAGCCGGAUUAAACAAUGUGGCACUUUCCGUACAAAAUGAAAAGCCACUAGUGUGUAGUAUUUGGUAAUUUGGCAGCUGAAUUUUAAAUAUUUGACUCAAUUUUUUCCCCCUAAAUUCUAUGAAGUGAACUUUUGAGAAAGUUACAUCCCAUAAUGUCACAGUGGUAGGGCAGCAGAGUGACAAGCAGGAAAAAGGAAAUCUGAUUUUACAACUCCUUUAACUUUUUUUUUUUUCUUUAGACUGAAAUAGUUUUUCUUAAACUCGCUUCAGUCUUGAUCUUUAAUCUCUUGUCUGCCAAUCGGCUCAUGUCCCAGCAUGCAUUGAGGCAAGCCGCCGCCCAGCCUCGUGCACACGUUGCCGCUACAUUCCCCGUUAAGCCAUAAACAUGGAGACGACGCAGGACUCGGCAUCUUCUUCUCCUGACGCACUUUAACGUUUUUCUGUUCUCAAUAAAAACAUCCAAAUCUUUGUUCAGCUCAUUUUAAUCUUUAACCAAAGAUUAAAAGAAUCAAAUGUCAAA